AGCCCUUAAACACUUGAAAAUGAGUAGUCCCCUAAACCUUUUUGAUCAGUUUAUAAGUCCCUCACUACUGGGCUUCCCACUAUUAGUACUUGCAAUAAUUAUACCCUGGGCCCUAAUACCCAAAAUUUCAUCACAAUCCAUACUAUUAACUUCUCUAAUACUAUUUAUUGUUACCCUAAACAUAAUGGGCUUAUUACCUUACUCCUUUACACCUACCACCCACCUCCCUCUUAACCUAGCUCUCGCC